AUGAUUCUUAUCGUUUUGUUAGGACUCUCGACAGUGGUGUCUGCGCAAUUCAAUAGAUACUUGUACAAUCCUGACUACUAUGGGCGACGUUUCGCUAUAUUGCGACAAUCCCAAGACUCUUCUCCGGAUGGAUCGUAUUCCUACAGUUAUGACACAGAAAAUGGUAUAUCUGUAGCAGAACAAGGUGUACCGAAGUUUGUCGGACCAAAUCAAAUAGAGUCCGUGAGGGGACAAUUUAGUUAUACUGCACCAGACGGUACACCAAUUUUGGUAACCUAUACAGCCGAUGAAAAUGGUUUUCAAGCCAACGGUGCACAUUUACCAACGCCACCACCAAUACCAGUAGCAAUACAACGUGCUUUAGCCCAUAAUGCCGCUCAUCCUGAAGAGGAAGAGCCAUACAGGCGAUACUAA